UUCACGGAGAUCCCUCAUGACACUACAACGCAUAGCGGUCAGGAUGUGGAGAUGGCCUGUUCAUUCCGGGGGGCGGGGCCCUCCUACUCCCUGGAGAUCCAGUGGUGGUACAUGAAGAACCACAGAGACUGGCCAGAGAAACCCGCCUGGACCUCCAAUCAGGUGGUGCCAAUGGAGGAGAUGUCUAAGGAUGCCACCAAAAUAAGUGUGGUGAAAGUGGCUGGGAGCAACAUCUCCCACAAGCUCCGCCUUUCCAGCGUCAAGCAGUCAGACGAGGGCACAUACGAGUGCCGUGUCAUCGACUUCAGCGGCAGCGUUGCGCAGCACCACCGCGUCCGGGCCUACCUCCAGGUGGAAGCCGAGAGAUGGCUGGGUCACGGGUCAGCAGACACCCAGCCCCAGGAGCCCCGACACAAGGGACAGGGGAGCCAGGUGCACCCCCACCAAACAGAGGACCGGGAACUGAAGAGGCGAUCGGCCGAUGACAGCACCACGGACUGCACUGAGAGCUGUGUGCUCUAGAGUCUGGUUCUGUGUCCAGAUAGGAAUAACAGGAGUGCAUGUUCCCGAUUAUCUUAAGAAGGAUGAUUAUUUUUACACCAGCAGAGGCCUGGACAAAAACUGCUUAAUUUAUGUUAAUUUAUGAAUCGAUUUGUUUGGUUGUUUGUUAAUCUGAGAUUUGUUUAUGUUUGUUUGAAUUCGGGUUGUCACAGACCACCAGAGGGCAUGAUCGUGUUGUCUUGGUUCUUAAAUGUAAUGUUAUUUCUCAUCGCCUUUGUUAAAUGCUUUGUCCAUGAUUUCUGACUCUGGAGUUGUGAUGGGUGAAGAUGAGGGUGUCGUUGGGAGGAAAGGAUGCGGGGAAGGCCUGUAUCUCAAUAGUAUGAAGUAUCUUCCUUCCUUUGUCUCCUUUCCUUAAUAAGCACUGAUCUGAAAUUAAUGGAAAGUACAAAGCAAUAUAUACUUUCGGGCUCUUGAGUGGCGCAGCAGUCUAAGGUUAAAAGGUUAAAUAAAUGAAACAAUGAAAAUACUGAACAAAAAUAUAAACGCAACAUGGAACAAUUUCAAAGAUUUUAUUGAGUUACAGUUCAUAGAAGGAAACCAGUCAAUUUAAAUAAAUUAAUUAGCUCUAAUCUAUGGAUUUCACAUGACUGGCCAGGGGCGCAGCCAUGGGUGGGCCUGGGAGGGCAUAGGUCCACAAUCUUGGGAGCCAGGUCCACCCAGUGGGAAGCCUGGCCCAGACAAUCAGAAUGAGUUUUUCCCCACAAAAGGGCUUUCUUAUGAUCCCGCAGGUGAAGAAGCCAGAUGUGGAGGUCCUGAGCUGGCAUGGUUACACUUGGGCUGUGGUUUUGUGGCCAGUUGGAUGUACUGCUAAAUUCUCUAAAAUGAUGUUAUGGCUUAUGGUAGAGAAAUUAACAUUACAUUCUCUGGAAACAUCUUUGUUGGAUAUUCCUGCAGUCACCAUGCCAACUUGAGAUAUCUGUGGCAUUGUGUAGUAUGACAAAACUGUACAUUUUAGAGUGGCCUUUUAUUGUCUCUAGCACAAGGGGCACCUGUGUAAUGAUCAUGCUGUUUAAUCAGCUUCUUGAUAUGCCACACCUGUCAGGUGGAUGGAUUCCUGCUCUUGGCAAAGAAUACAUGCUCACUAACAUGUAAACAAAUUUGUGCACAUAAUUUGAGAGAAAGACACUUUUUUUUGCAUACAGCAUGAAUCAUUUCUGGAUUCUUUUAUUUCAGCUCAAGAGAAAUGGGGCCAAAACUUAACAUGUUAUGUUUACAAUUACAAUUUGUUCAGUUUAGUAGCUACCAACCCAGGUAUUUCUGUAUCUGAAGUUAUGAAUUAAAGGAGACAAUUAGAGGAAGUGAUUCAGGAGUAUUUAGACCCCAUAGUUCAUCGAAAGAUACAUUUUGCUCUCGGUGACAUACACUUUGAAAUACCUUGUUUCUUAAUGGUCUUUAAUGAAUGGAAACGUAUUCCAAAAGAAGCUACAGUAUUUACAUGUAAAUAACACUUUAAUUGAUCAAGCUCUGUGAAAGGACUUUGAAGGUUGUUCUUUGGUUUGUACUUUACAUUUUACUUUGAUGUUUUGUAAAAAAAAAUCUUGAUCGAAAUGUGUAACUUUCUAAACCACUUCUAGAAUAUCCAACGUAAACCCAAACAUACAUGUAUGCCUUCAUAACAUUGAAUAAAUUGUAUAUUAUCUCCACACUGUACACACACACUUUUCCCAUCAGCACCACACAAUGUAUCAAGUGCUAAUUAACCAAAUGAAUCAUUGCACACUAUGGGCCAGUUUCCCAGCCCCAGAUUAAACCUAGUCCUGGACUAAAAUGCAUUUUUAAUGGAAAUUCUCCAUUGAGAAUGAUUGUUAGUCCAGAACUACGCUAAACCUGUCUGGGAAACCUGCCGUGAGAGUAUGUUAAUUCUAGCUUUUUUGUCUCAACUAGCGCUGGGUCUUUUUUUGUGCAAUUAUUUCGUCAAUGGAGUUAAAAUGACAAGUUGUGUUUUUAAAAUAUUUUUUAAUCUUCUCAUCCUCCUCUUCUUGACUGUAUUUGUUCUUCAAUCUAAGUGAUGCUGUUUGAUAGCUAUUCUGUUAAAUACAUUGAUUUGAUGGA